CGUCAUUCGUAUUUUGAUUUUGGAUUAAUGGAUGGAUGGAAAAGUAGAAAAGAAAUUAAAUAAAAAAAUUGACAUGCAUUUAAAUAAUAGUUUAUACUUACAUGUAUAGAUAUUUAAAAUGGCUUGGUUCGCUGACCUCGCCGGUAAAGCGGAGACGCUACUCAACAACUUAGACGAGCAGACUGGUGCCGCUCUACGAAGCAAUGGCCCUAGGAGGAGAUAUGAAGGGGAUUUUCACGUACCCGCUGGAAACAGAUCAGCAAGUCCGAAAACACGAUUUCCAAUAUCCAGGAUACCAUCAGGGCCUGAUAUAAAACCUAAUUAUGGAGCUAGAAAAGUAAUGCUGAUUUCAAAACCGUUAGAAAAUGACUAUAGAAAGGAUCCUCCCAGGAGUACUAUGACUAUGAAUGGCCCUGGAACUUCAGUGGGUGGGACUAUGCGUAGUGAAUAUUGUGGAGUCAGACACAGAAGAUCAAGCUUACCAACAAAUAGAGAACUAAUGUAUCAACAAAACUAUGCAUAUGAAAUGAAUGAUGUAAUAGUUGAAAACACUGUAUUGAAAAAUGAACUCAAUGUCUUGCAUAAAGAGGUGUCACAGUUGCUUGACAGACUGGGGCAGAAGGAGGAUGGUAAUGAUGUAGUUAGUGAACAAGAACUCUCAAACGCUACAGUGAAGCUUAAAACAGCAGAGCAAGUGAGUCAGCAAAACCAACUGGAUAAGAUAUCUCUUUCUGCACAGUUUGAGGAGUUGAAAAUGAAAAUACAUGAGCUAACCGUCACAGAGGUGGAACGGCAAAAGCUGCAAUGUAAACAGCUGGAGUUGGAAAUUGGGCUGGUGAAGAAUAGAAAUAAGGAGUUAGAAGAACUCGUAAGACAGCUCAACACAGAAGUUUACGAACACAAAUCCCACCAAAUGAAAGUCGAGAAAGAUCUGAAACACGCGCAAACAACCAUCGACGAACUCCAGAGUAACCUGGAGAAGAGUACAGCGGAGUGUAGGAGGCUCGAGGCGGACUGGGAGGCGUACAAGUCGAGGGUCAAGAGUACGCUGGCCGCGAAGGAUAAGGAGAUAAAGCAGUUGCAGCAGGGACUCAAUUUGACUGAGGAUACUAAGAUACUGAUUGACCAGUUGGAGGUGUUAAAGGCGGAGCGAGAAGAACUAACUGAAUUAGUGGCAAGCAUACGACGCGAGAGCGACGAGACGAAGCAAGACGUCGAGGCCCUUGAGUCGCGCUGUGACGCCUCAGAGCGCGUCGUCGCCGCGCUGCGGGAGGCGCUCAAAGACGAACGGAGUCUCAAGACGCGCGCCGACUCGCAGGUUGCUGCACUUACUAAGGAGCUAAAAACCCUCCAAUCAGAAACGAAUCAAACGCUCGUCUCCCUCCACAAAGCGCUGCGUGAAAAGGACAACGAGAUAUCCCGCCUGAAAGAGACAGCAGCGCAUAGCGUCGACACUAGCGCCCUCAACGUCGCCGACUACGAUGACCAGGCGAGCAUAGACAUCGAGAAGAUUCAUUAUCUGACGCAGACUUUGGUACAGAAGCAGGGGAAGAUUGACUCGUUGCUGGCGGACAAUAAUAUGCUGAGGAUACAGAUGGAGAAAUUGGAGAGUAAAUACAAAUCUGAGUUAUCGGCCCUCCGCUCAAGGAGCUCACACAGUGUGGUUCAACUACAACACGAGGAGCGUUCCCGCCGCGCGAGGCAAACAGAUUUCUUCGGCGGCCUCUCCGUGAAGAUCGGGCAGAUGCUCCGAUACCCGGUGUUCAGGAUGUUUGUGCUGAUCUAUAUGCUGGGUCUCCACUUUUGGGUUAUCACAGUGCUCCUUACAAGUACCCCAGAUGUCUUUAAUAAAUCAGUAUUAAAGGAGGAAAGCUUAGAUAGAACUCACCAGUUCCAGACUUAAGGGUAACUAACGUCUGGUUCCUACGUCGCUGUCCCUUUGAGACUAGGUCGGUUGCACCAAACCCGGUCAAAUGUUCGCUAAAUUUUAUUGUAUAGUUCACUGCUGAUUGACGAUGAUGUCUGUCAAUUAAUCUGGUUGGUGCAACUGGCCCUAAGAUAUUAUAUAUAACGCGAACCGUGUUUACGGAUUAUGGUAAGAAAUACUUAAGUUGCCGGGCGUUGAAGAAUUUAACAGUUAAGAAGUUAAAAUACGAUAUUGUUACAUAUUUAUUUUGGUGCUAACUUUAAAUUAGUGAAGUAUAUAAAUAAAAUGUAAAUAAGUAUUGAGAAAUUGGUUAUUAAACUUGUUUUCAAUUUGAUGUUAUUAUGUUUUUAUAGGAAGUAAUCUUUAGCACCAUUUGCAAAUCUUACGAUACUAAGUCGUAUGAUGGUAAUUUGUGGGUAUCAACUUUAUAUCGUUCCAUUACUGUGAUAUAUCUUGUCUUUAGCCAUUUGUUUGUGACAUAUUUUUAAGUUAUUUUUUCAGUUGUAUACUGGUCUUCAUACAUGUCCAUUUGCACAAGUUCUAUGACACAAGUUAUAUAAGGUAUAUUCGGGUAGUUACGAAUGUCGAAAACCGUUGGAAAAUUCCGAAAACGGACUCUUAUUAUGAUGGGAUUUUGGGUCAUUUUCAUCUGAUUUUCGAAAUUAUCCGGCAUACGAAAUUACCCGAAUACACCUUAUUAGUAUAUUGCAUCUCUUUCAGUUCGAAUUCAAAUCUACUACAUAGAUUACUCCGAAAUGGUUGAUUGUUUAUAAUUUUGUUUGGAUUAUUGUGUAACAUUUUAGCGUUACUGGUUGGUUUAAAGCGUCGUCUCAAAUUACAUUAAAUACUAUUUUUUGCAUCAAAAUUAAAGUGCACAAUAUGUGUCUCCAUUAA